UGUUUAGUAUUUACCACUUCGCCUUUACCUGCUCAGUUAGCUAACUAGCAGCUGGUAGCUAUGGCUGCAGUUAUUCUGAGUUUCCCAACUCUGCAGGGUCUGAGGAUAUUUUCACAAAAACUGUCAUGGACCAAAAGAGGCGUGAGGCUUGUUUCAGGAGGGGUUGGAAGAAUAGAGAAGGUGCUGAUUGCCAAUCGAGGAGAGAUUGCGUGUCGUGUGAUGCGCACGGCCAAGAAGAUGGGCGUCCGCUCAGUGGCUGUGUACAGUGAUGCAGACAGACACUCCAUGCAUGUGGCCAUGGCAGAUGAAGCCUACCACAUUGGUCCUCCACCCUCCCAGCAGAGUUACCUCUCCAUGGAGAAAGUUUUGGAAGUGGCCAAGAAGUCUGGAUCACACGCGGUCCACCCUGGUUAUGGCUUUCUGUCAGAAAACACAGAGUUUGCGGAGGCGUGUAAACAGGAAGGCAUCAUCUUCAUCGGGCCACCUUCCUCUGCCAUCCGAGACAUGGGCAUUAAAAGCACAUCAAAACACAUAAUGUCAGCUGCUGGGGUGCCAAUCAUUGGUGGUUACCAUGGAGAAGACCAAUCAAAUGAGAAGCUGCAAGCAGAGGCUGCCAAGAUAGGAUACCCUGUGAUGAUUAAGGCUGUCCGUGGAGGGGGAGGGAAGGGGAUGCGUAUUGCACGGUCAGACUCGGACUUCUUGGAACAGUUGGAGUCGGCGAGACGAGAAGCCAGAAAAUCCUUCAACGAUGAUGUCAUGCUGAUUGAGAAGUUUGUAGAGGAUCCCAGACAUGUAGAGGUUCAAGUGUUUGGGGACAUGCACGGUAACGCUGUCUAUCUGUUUGAGAGAGACUGCAGCGUCCAAAGGAGACAUCAGAAGAUCAUAGAGGAAGCACCAGGGCCGGGUAUUAGUCCUGAGGUACGGAGAAAACUUGGAGAGGCAGCAGUUAAAGCAGCCAAGGCUGUCAGCUAUGUAGGGGCAGGUACUGUGGAGUUUAUAAUGGACGCCCAGCAUAACUUUUACUUCAUGGAGAUGAACACCAGGCUGCAGGUGGAACAUCCUGUCUCUGAGAUGAUCACUGGAACUGACCUGGUGGAGUGGCAGCUCAGGGUGGCAGCAGGGGAGCGCCUGCCUCUCCUCCAGGAUGACAUAAUUUUAAGGGGACACUCAUUUGAGGCUCGUAUCUAUGCUGAGGACCCUAACAAUGACUUCCUUCCAGGGGCGGGGCCUCUACUGCAUCUCUCCACCCCUCCACCAGACCAACACACACGCAUAGAGACUGGAGUCAGAGAUGGGGACGAGGUGUCUGCACAUUAUGACCCAAUGAUCGCCAAGCUUGUGGUGUGGGGAGAAGACCGAUCAGCUGCCUUAAAGAAGCUGCGGUACUGCUUACGACAGUACAAUAUCGUGGGACUGAACACUAACAUUGACUUUUUGCUGAGUCUUUCCGGCCACCCGGAGUUUGAGGCUGGAAACGUGACCACCAGCUUCAUCCCUCAGCACUACGCUGACCUCUUCCCCACUCCGAGAACUCCUUCUGGGGAAACGAUCUGCCAGGCGGCCCUGGGCCUGGUGCUGCAGGAGAGGAAACACACACAGGAGUUCACACAGACCUCUGCUGACCCCUUCUCCCCAUUUGGCUCCAGCAGCGGCUGGAGAAGCAACAUUCAGUUUAACAGAAACAUGACACUGCAGCUGGGAGACAAAAAAGUUGAUGUGGUCGUCGUGUACAACAAAGAUGGAAGCUACACAAUGCAGAUUGGUGAGGAGGUGUUUCAUGUCACAGGGGAGGUGGAGCUGGAAGGUGGAGUGUCAUUCCUACACUGUUCUGUCAAUGGCGUGAAGUCUCGUCCCAAACUGGUGAUUCUGGACAACACAGUUCACCUGUUCUCCCCGGAAGGAAGCGCCGAAGUGUCUGUUCCUGUGCCCAAGUAUCUGGCUGGUGUGAGCAGCUCUGGGGCUCAGGGUGGAGCGGUGGCCCCCAUGACUGGAACCAUAGAGAAGGUGCUAGUGAAGGCCGGAGACAAGGUGGCCGUAGGAGACGCACUGAUGGUCAUGAUCGCCAUGAAGAUGGAGCAUACGAUCCGGGCGCCCAAGUCAGGUGUGAUCAAGAAAGUUUUCUUCAGCGAGGGCUCUCAGGCCAAUCGCCAUGCUCCUCUGGUCGAAAUGGAAGAGGAGGAGGAGGGGAGCAGCCAGUAAACACACACACACCACCCACAAUUACACACUGACAGGUAGGAGAGAGCCGGAACUAGUUCCUGUGACAACCAGAGGGAAAGUAAGUCAACCAGCACUUGAUCUUGAUACUUCUUAAAGUCGGGACAUGAAUCAUCAUGAGUUUGGUUCAGUCUGGAAUGGAUGAGACAAAAUCGGUCACCCUGGGGACCCAAAAUGCUUUUAGGAAGGUCAAAAAAAAGUUACUGUGACAUGAAAUGUUCCUGAGUUUGAUGUGUGACAGCAGUGAAAAGGCUCAUACUGUGGGUAAACACCACAAAUAAUCUCUAAUGUACAGUUGGCUUUUUACACAUCAGAAUAUUGUCUUCAUGUUGAUUGUAGAACUUUUGCUUGUUUCUUUUCUUUCUUGUGUGUUUAUAUGUAGGCAGUAAUCAGUGAAGCUCUGGCAACGUCUGUGUUUGCAAAUAUUUAUUUUAUUCCCCCCUUCUGUGUUUCUGUCAGCACUGCAGUGUUAGUUGAAGAGUUGGGUAUUCGCUUCCGUAGAGGUUAAUGCACUUACGUACGGAUGAGGUUGACAGCAGAGUGUCGUCUCCAUCGACACACAGUGUACUACUUCAUCUUUACACAGUAUCAAAACUAAAUGGUUGCUUUUAAGCAUGUCUGAGGCAGAAGAUAAUAAGCAGGUGGGAUGACAAGUGAGUGACUGAGAGUCUUGGGAGGGGAAAAAAAGGCCCAACAAAUAAAUAAAUCUACCCCCUAACCGUGUAUCUCAAAUUGUGAAGUUUUGACGUCUUCUGACAGGGUCACGCACUGCUUUAUAACUGUAGAAAAUUGACCUGCCCAUUUGUAAAUAUUACAAACCCAGCCAGUAUUUACAACUGUAUUGUCACUAAGCUUAAAGCAACUCAUCUGUUAUUCUCUCUCCUUAAGUUCUGGCACUUCGAAGCUGUUUUCACUGGACAGUGAUUUUAAGAGAGAGGAGGCUGGGUGUAAACUUAUUUUUGGUGUCAAAAAUAUUUUGUAUUAGGGUUUGUUGAUGUAAAAAUUUUUUCAAGAUCCACACAGUUUAUCCUUCCAGACUGACUCCAUUUACCUCUAAAGUGUGUUUGCCCUUAUUAAAAAAACAGAUCUUCAAAAUUGGGAGGCAGAAAAACACUCCAGCGUUAUCAAAUGAUUCCCAAUUUUUGCAACCGGAUUUGGCUCUGAUUUGAUAAUAACCCUUAAAGGACAAAAUGUCGGUCACAGAGGGCUUUAAACAGACAGAUGGUUUGGGUUUUUUGUGUAAAUCCGCCAUCAGUCCAAGUGAUUUGCCUCACUCAGAUGACAUGUAAACUUGACCCGUUUCUGCUGAUCACUCUCUACUAACUGGUGUGUUAUGAGGCCUUAUAACUUAAAACUGAUAAACACUAUGUUCAUUUUGUAGAUGUAUAACAGAUGAUUUUUUAAUAAUGAAAUUGGACUGGUCACAUACUGUAAUAAAACUAUUUCAAAAGGA